GGAUGAGAAAGUAAACUUGUUGAAUUCCUUGAGGUUUGUGCGUAAAAGGAUGGCUCUGGCAGAUGCGCUUCUGCCGUCCAUUGCUGGCUUUUCCAGCAUUCAGGUUUUGGACGAGAAACAUGCUGAAAUCCUGCGAGAAUGGUCCACUGAUCAACCCGAGAUCGGGACCAAACCCCGCGUCGAAGUCGAGUUCAGCAUCCUCGAGUCUCCGCCACUGACCAAGGACGAGGACGAGCUGUCCAGGUUCCUAGAUCUCGAGUUUAUUCUGUCGAACUCGAUGGCAUCCCAGAACGAGGGUCCCUCCGUAACCCCGGCGUAUCCGCUCCCCGAAUCGCCUGAAAGCUGCGGCACGGCGUACGACGGUGCAGAUUCAUCGCACGGCCUUGUAGCCGAGCUUCUAAGCCCAGACAUGGGCUACCGACUCGACACGACUCAAGACUACAACCCAAAAGGACAUUUCGAUACACCGGAAUACACCGACCUGACCAUGCUGGACACCAGAAGUCACGCGCACUUGCACCUCGCCCCUCCGCACGCGUCCGCGUACAAGAUAAAGACCGAGCGCCGCGAGCAGGCGUGCAUGAUGCACGCCACCGACUACAUGGGGCACUUUUAUGUACAGAAGGUUCACAGUGGGGGGCCUGUGCAGCCCUUCGUCCAGCACGACGCGGCCCAGGAGGUGAACGCGCACGUGGCUCAACAGCAGCAGCAGCAGCAGCACUAUGGGUACCCACCGCAGUAUCACAGCGCGCAGCACUACCACGGACAGUACGCCGUUUUCACGGAUGCCAUGCGGGCCCAUCACCCGGGCAUGCCAGGCGCAGUGCUCACGCCACCGUCGUCGCCGUUGCUCGAGCUCUACGGCACGGAGGAGAGCAGACCGAAGCGGGGGAGGCGCGCGUGGGCACGGAGACGCGCCGCCACGCACAGCUGCGAGUUUGCGGGCUGCGGGAAAACCUACACGAAGAGCUCACACCUGAAGGCGCACAUGCGGACACACACUGGUGAGAAGCCGUACCACUGUACCUGGGAGGGAUGUGGCUGGAAGUUCGCCCGUUCCGACGAGCUGACCCGCCACUACAGGAAACACACAGGACACAGGCCCUUCCAGUGCCACCUCUGUGAGAGGGCAUUCUCCCGGUCCGACCAUCUGGCCCUACACAUGAAGAGACACAUGUGAAAACAUGUCUUCUUUUAAAGGACAAUUUAUAUUUUUAGACAUUUAAUUAGAGAAGUGGUCCAAGGAGGGGAAAAAAAAAAAGUAUACAUAUUUUCCUCUUUACCUCACAUCAAUAUUUAACUAGUCUUGCACUGGAGCUCCUUUAUCUGAUGUACCUAAUGCAUAAUGGAAGCUCAUGACUACUAAUUAGUAUCACCAAAACAUAUGUAUAUUAGUUGUUGUUUUUUUCUUCAUGAACUACUCCUUUAAGAAUAUGCCUGUGUUUUGGACAGCAGGGUUGUAUAUAUGACUAAGAUUGUGUCAACUUUAAAUUAUAGCAGUAUUUAAGAAGAGGAGAGAUUUGCUGGAAAAAAAAAAAGAAAAUAAAUUAUUUUCGUGCAAACUUCGAAGACAGCUUUGUAAAGAAACAGGGCAGGACCCAUAUUUUUUGUAUAUAUUGCUUUUCGUCUUCAUGCUUUCAGGCUGAGGCAGGGGAAUUUGCCAUUUAGGGGUUUAUAGUAGAAUUCAGGACUUCUUACACCCCUUUUUGUACAAUGAAUUGUUAUAUGAACUGUUCAUAUAAAUUUCAGUGUGAAAUCAUGGACUUUCACUUCAGGUACUCAAGCUAAUUUGUUUUGUUUUUUUAAUCUAAGUGAUAUGUCUGUGCAAAUAUUUUAAACCUUUUAUA